UGGCAGCACUAUAAGUCGGAUGUGUGUUGGUGUUGUGCAGUGAGGUGAAUCGAGAAAAAGUGACGAUUUUCUCAAUUUAUUGUGAAAAUAAUUGAGGAAACUUACAUUUUUAUAUAAUAAACGUAAAGAUGAACUUAAWUGUAAUAAAUAUGCGUUAUUAGGCGAAAAUUUUCGCAAGACAGUGCGCUGUAGUGACGUUUGUAAAAUUUUGCCUUGCAAAAACGCACGAAAGACAAGACAAAACGAAACAAAAAAUAGCAGCAGCAGCAGAACGGUGUGGCACCAGCUUAGGGCGGCAGCAAUCACGCAGACGAAUAUUUUGGAAGGAAGGUCGGUCGAUUAUUUGACCGAGGGCRAAAGUAGUGUGUGAAAAAAUAAAAUUCGACGUAUAUUUUAUAUUUGUCGCGUUUCUAUAAUUUUACAUAUAACAAUUUUCAAUGCAACAGAGCCACUGAGAUAACAGCGAAAAUUGCCUUUUCGAGAAUUGCCACUUGGAGUUGGUCGUGGUGUUUUGGGCUUGCCGUAGACAAAAACGCUAAGAUAGACGCGGUGUGGGGUUGGGCUUCUGCCCCGCUGCGUUUAGCGGCGAACAGGAUGGGCGAUCCAAUGCUGGCAGGAGCGGCUGGCAGCGCUGGCACUUCAACUGGUGCCAUCGAUCGUCCACCGUCUCCGGCACGUCUAUCGCACACCUCGGAGAAACACCCCAAGGUUACAUUAUCAGAGUUGAAUAUGCUGCGACGCCAUCGAGAACUUUGUGAUGUUGUACUCAAUGUUGGCGGUCGCAAAAUUUUCGCACAUCGCGUAAUACUUUCCGCCUGCAGUCCAUAUUUUCGCGCUAUGUUCACCGGCGAGUUGGAAGAAUCACGACAAACAGAAGUAACUAUACGAGAUAUAGAUGAAAAUGCCAUGGAGUUGCUUAUCGACUUUUGCUACACUGCACACAUCAUUGUCGAGGAGUCUAACGUGCAAACUUUAUUACCAGCAGCAUGUCUACUACAGCUGGUUGAAAUACAGGAUAUUUGCUGCGAAUUCCUAAAGCGACAAUUGGAUCCGACAAAUUGUUUAGGCAUACGAGCUUUUGCCGAUACACACUCAUGCCGGGAAUUAUUGCGCAUUGCCGAUAAAUUUACACAACACAACUUCCAAGAUGUUAUGGAAAGCGAGGAGUUUCUAUUGCUACCCGUCGGACAACUUGUGGAUAUUAUAUGCAGCGAUGAGUUGAAUGUACGUUCUGAAGAGCAGGUUUUCAAUGCUGUUAUGUCUUGGCUGAAAUACAAUGUGGCGGAUCGUCGUCAACAUUUGGCACAGGUUUUGCAACAUGUACGUUURCCGCUGUUGUCACCAAAAUUCCUCGUUGGUACUGUUGGCUCUGAUUUGUUGGUGCGUUCAGAUGAAGCAUGCCGUGAUCUCGUUGAUGAAGCCAAGAACUAUUUAUUAUUACCACAAGAACGUCCMCUAAUGCAAGGUCCACGCACACGCCCACGUAAACCAACACGUCGGGGUGAAGUAUUGUUUGCUGUUGGCGGUUGGUGCUCAGGUGACGCCAUUGCCUCUGUAGAACGUUUUGAUCCGCAAACAAACGAUUGGAAAAUGGUCGCACCGAUGAGUAAGCGACGUUGUGGCGUCGGUGUUGCCGUACUCAAUGAUUUACUCUAUGCCGUUGGCGGUCAUGAUGGACAAAGCUAUUUGAAUAGCAUCGAACGUUAUGAUCCGCAAACAAAUCAAUGGUCUUGUGAUGUCGCGCCAACCACCUCCUGUCGCACCAGUGUUGGCGUGGCCGUCUUGGAYGGAUUUCUGUAUGCCGUCGGCGGGCAGGAUGGCGUACAGUGUCUGAAUCAUGUUGAGCGCUACGAUCCUAAAGAGAACAAAUGGUCAAAGGUCGCACCAAUGACAACUCGUCGUUUAGGCGUGGCCGUCGCCGUUUUGGGUGGUUAUCUCUACGCCAUUGGCGGCUCUGAUGGUCAAUGUCCACUAAACACGGUUGAGCGCUAUGAUCCAAGACAAAAUAAGUGGUGCGCUGUUAACCCAAUGUCCACACGUCGCAAACAUUUGGGCUGCGCUGUCUUCAAUAACUACAUAUACGCUGUCGGUGGACGUGAUGAUUGUAUGGAAUUAUCAUCAGCUGAACGCUAUAACCCGCAUACAAAUACCUGGAGCCCCAUCGUGGCAAUGACUUCGCGUCGCAGCGGUGUUGGCUUGGCAGUAGUGAAUGGGCAGCUAUAUGCCGUUGGCGGUUUUGAUGGCUCCGCCUACUUAAAAACAAUUGAAGUUUACGAUCCAGAAACCAAUCAAUGGCGUUUAUGUGGUUGUAUGAAUUAUCGACGCUUAGGUGGUGGCGUAGGUGUGAUGAGAGCACCACAGACUGAAAACUAUAUGUGGAUACGCAAAGAUUCCGUUGUUUGA